GAUCUGUUCAGAGGUUUACACAUGCAACAGUUGGUUUUUCAGUUUUGCCUUCUUGCUGAAGUGCUAACCAUCCCUCCACCAAGCAGUGAACCUUCUGGAACACUUUGGCAUGGAAGGCCAUCAAUAGAAGUAACUUCUUGGCGAGCUCCUCUAAAAGGCUUUAAGGCUAAACGGGAUUAGUGCGUUCAAAAAUCCACCUAGGAGCCAUCUGCCCACUUAGCUUGAGCCAGGAAGGUGUCUUCUCAGCAACAUGCCACAGGAGAGACUCCGUCUUUGCAGGGAAAAGAACAAGCAGUUGUUCCGUUUCAGGGUUCUUCGUCGUUCUCCUGCACCUGGAAGGCUGUGAACUAUGCAAACUUGGGAGGUGCCAUUGCAACAUCUGAGAGGAAGUUUGAGGAUCUAAACAAGGAUUUAAAAUGUUGUCGUGGAGAUGUCUUUUGUACUCUGUCUUCUUUAGCUUUGUAGUCCUGUUUUUGGACCUAAGGACAGAUGCAACACCAGAAGGAUCCUCAAUGGGUCCGCUAGAUCUGCCUUACAGCGGGGAACCGGCACCGUUCCAGCGGGUGGUCCGCAUAUCCGACGUCAAGGUGUCCCGAGGAAGCCGCGUGGCGCUGUCCCGACGCAAACGCAGCAUCCUUUUCCCGAGUGGAGUCAAGCUGUGUGCACAGGAGACCGCCAAGCAGGCCGUCGCCAACCAUCUCAGCUUCUUCCAUCUUAGAGUGUGCCAGGAGACCGUGUGGGAGGCUUUCAAAAUCUUCUGGGACCGCCUCCCUGACCAAGAGGAGUAUCAGAGCUGGAUGAACCAAUGCCAGGAGGGGGAGGUCACAGCACAAGACAUUGGCACCUACUUCAGCCAAUCAGAGGAGCACCAGGCUGUGGUCAAAAAGAAAAUGUCACUGCCAGGCUUGAAAAGUGAGCCCGCCAGGCCAGGACAGCAUGCAUGCAGCACUGCAGCUCCGGAUACGACCAACGCUUCCACGGCUCCUUCCAAAGAAGACAAAGUGGGGGAGGCAGCUGUUGUUGUUCCACAGGUGGAGCUGGACAACGACAUUCCCGUGGAGCCUCUGGCGCCAGCCGUGUUGGAGCAGGUGGUAGAGCUGAGCAUCCUCCUGACAGGCGUCAUGUACGACCACGACCUGGAUGACCCCGACUCGCUACACUACCAGGCGCUCAGCAGGCAGCUGGCACAGAAGAUUGAGGAUGCCCUGGCGGGACUUCCUGGGUUUAAGAGCGUGUCUGUGAUGGACUUCAGGCCUCACAAGGAUGGACCAGGGCUGGACGGCAUCGUAGUGGACUACGCAGUCACCCUGGUGGUGGACGGUGCGGGCGUGAGCGGUGAUCAGUUGGACUACCUGACCCUCCAGUCCAACCAGGUGGAGAACUCGUACCGCGAGGUCAAAGAGCACCCGACCUUGGUCUACGCCAUCAGCGAGCUGAAGACCUUUGUCACCGAGGACCUCCUGAAGGACGCCUUGGAGAGCGUGUCUGAGACCGCGGAGACCGUCCAUGCUGCAGGAGGAACCUCGGUCCAUGCUGAGAAUGAACCAGAGCCGGAGCCCUCAAUCCCGGAGGACGUCAUGGAAGACGUGAGGAGAGACGAAUUCCUGCCCGAGGCGGCUGAAAGCGACAAGGUCGUGACGGCUGAAAGCGAUGUCGUGGUUCUAGAGGAGAGUGUUGAUAUAGCUCCACCUCCCGUCGCCACCACGUCGGCACCUGACACAGGCAGCAUUAAGGAGGAGGGUCUGCUGCUGGAGAACACAGUGCGGACCACAGUAGCAGAUAACCCUCCAGAAGAAGAUGACCACCAGCAGCAGCAGGAGGAUGUCUCCCCUCCGGAGAGUCAAGAAGAAGGCACCACCUUGCCUGAACCCCCAGUGGCGGUGGAGGCCUCGGGUACGGGUGACCUGGACAACUUGCUAUGGUGGCCUGAUAACACGACUCCGGCAGCGGCAGGCGCCGAGGAUGUGGUCAUUCUGGAAGAGGAGCACCUGGACAGCGGCGUUGUCACUGAGGAGCUCCUGACAAGUGAAUCUGCAGAAGAGGGCUUUGUUCCUAGUGCUGCAGAUGUAGCGGGUGAGGCCGUUGAAGAAGGUGAAUCCAAGCAUCCUGAAGAAGUGGAAGCAACUGCUCCAGAAGAAGCGCCAGCUUCGGUGGAAAAACCUCCGGAAGCUUCGGAGAUUGCAACAGAUGAUCUUGCAGAUGACUAUAUCUUGCUGGUCAACAGGGACAGACCGGAAACAACUUCCGUGUCUGCAGAGAAGGAAUCACCUUUCACACUUGUACCUGAGAUUAAAUCAGCCUUGGAGGAACAGACUGACCUUGUCAUCCCUUCACUCGUGGAGACCACCAAUGAAGACGACUCCCCUCCCAUCGACAACGUGGGAUACGACGUGAUCCAAUAUGGCUUGAUCAACCACACAGAGGAGGGCAGCACCGGGUUCCCAUUCAGUGUGUCACAUGGCACAGACCCGGCCAGCAUCGCCAUGCCGGCAAACCCUGGCCGAGCGCUGAUGGUGUUUUUCAGCCUGAGGGUGACCAACAUGAUCUUCUCAGAGGAUCUCUUUAACAAGAGCUCGGCAGAGUACAAAGCGUUGGAGCAGCGCUUCCUAGAAUUGCUUGUGCCCUACCUCCAGUCCAACCUCAGUAACUUUGAGAAUCUAGAGAUCCUCAACUUCCGCAACGGGAGCAUCGUGGUCAACAGCCGGAUGAAAUUUGGCAAGCCCGUGGCUCAGGGCGUCACCUCCACCGUGUACCUGAUACUGGAAGACUUCUGCAACACGGCCUACCAGACCAUGAACCUGGCUAUCGAUAAGUACUCCCUGGAUGUCGAGUCAGGUGUCCAGGCAGACCCGUGCAAGUUCCAGGCGUGCAACGAGUACGCAGAGUGUAAGGUGAACAAAUGGUCAGGGGAGGCGGAGUGCGUGUGUAACGCCGGCUACUUCAGCGUGGACGGCCUGCCCUGUCAGAGCAUCUGCGAGCUGCGCACCGACUUCUGUCUCAACGACGGCAAGUGUGACAUCAUCCCUGGCCAGGGAGCCAUCUGCAGGUGUCGCGUCGGAGAAAACUGGUGGUACCGAGGAGAGCAUUGUGAGGAAUAUGUAUCCGAACCUCUGGUGGUGGGGAUAGCGGUGGCCUCUGUGGCCGGCUUCCUCCUGGUGGCGUCUGCGGUCAUCUUCUUCCUCGCCAGGACGCUACGAGAUCAGUACGAUAAGGACGAGUCAGAGGACCCAAUACGGCGGGCAGAGAGCAUUCCUUCGCUAGAGCGGGCAACCAAGUACAACCCCAUGUACGAGAGCGAGGCCACCACAGGCUACAGCCACUACUACCGCCGCUACCCCGAGGCUCCCAUCUACAGCAGCGCCAGCGCUGAGGCCUCCACCGACUUUAGCAGCGAGGAGAUUCGACACAUCUAUGAGAACAGCGAACUGACCAAGGAGGAAAUCCAAGACAGGAUACGCAUCAUCGAGCUCUACGCCAAGGACCGCCAGUUUGCAGAUUUUGUGCGGCAGCAUCAAGCUGUCCUGGAUACAAGAAGAGAAAGUUCUUCUGCACAGACAUGAAACAAGAAGGACAACACCUCAAUAUUCCAAAGGCCUGCACAAUAAAAACAUUGACUGUCCUCCAAGACGCUACAAUGUCACCUUUUUAAAGUUUUCCAUGAUCUUCAUGCUGGCCUAACGUGAGCAGGCGGCGGCUGCAGACUGUCCCUCCUCCUCUUCCUUCCUUCCUCUGUGCCUUCUGCUGGACAUGUCCUUCUGUGGAAAAGACAAAAACACUUACUUAAACUUGAAAUAUUGUCAAAGGGACGAUCAUACUGUCUGUCCAUUCCCGAAAACUAUUGCUCUCGUAUAUACUGUAGAAUAGUGACAUGCUAGCAGUGGACGGUGCUAUGUUUUAUUGACGUUUUAAAUGUAGGAAUCCACCAAAAAAGUCAAACAUUUGGACAAGCGCUUUGCUUCACAUCAAGGCAGCCAAAUGUUCUUGUCUUGACGUCCCAAGGCUCCACCAAUCAGACACUUGUUGACAUGCUGCAUGGACGUGGCCACGCGAGACAGCGAGAGAAGCAGCAGAGGGCGAGACCUCGCUUCAGCAUCCAGAAGUAAGUGAAAACACAUUGCUUAUUGCUUAGCGCCUUUCACAAGUCAUUGGUAGAAAAGACGCAAAAAUGCACAAAACACUUGAAGGUUAGCAGUGUGUCCUUUCCAAUGCAACUACCAGUUUGGCCCACGCGCUCUGUGUGUGUUUGCUUUGCUUCUUUAACACAUUCCACCGUUUGGACAUGUUACACUCCAUCAUAGUUGUCCUGCUGAGCAAUAAAUCGUAGCUGUCCUACCUUACAGUAUGUGCGAUCUUCAGCUUCCAUGAAAACACCACACACACACACACACACACAAUACAAGGCUUCUGCAGUUUUCAUACAGUGGAACCUCUACAGUCCAACGCCACUUGUGUCCUACCAUUUUAAAAAAUAAGUUAAAAAAACGCGAUCUAAUUUAUCUUAUUUAUGAUGUAUUGUGUAAAACUAAAACAUGAAUAACAUCAAAUGAAAAGCACAAAAUGAAUGCCGACCCACCAUCCACCAGUUCCAGCCAAGUUUUCCCAGAGAGACGAUGACAUGGCUGUUUGACGUGUGUGGUACAAGGCAGUGUGCUAGCAUGAAUUAACUUGAGACAAAUGUGCACAUUAGCACUCAAUAAGUCAUCAAAACUUACCUUUAUGCAUUCCCACAUAAUAUCAGCAUUUGACACCAAAUAUGAGGUGAAAGAAAAAUGGUAAAAAUACAGUAGUAGUCUAUCUGUGAGGCAUGAGACAAAGUUAGCACACACACAAAGGACAUGCGUCAAGUCAGACGGAUGUAACAGAGAGAAUCCGGCCACUUUUCAAAAUAAAACAUAAAAAAAAUGAAAUAAUGGAAAUUAUUUUUUCUUUCUGUGCGGCCCAGUAGGGUUCAUGACGGUGAUUAUUUUUACUUCCAUUAUUUCCUAUGGAAAACAGUUUCUAAAUCCCAAUAAAUCAACCAGGAAAGAAUUGCGUUCGACGUUAGAGGUUCCACUGUACAUUUAAUACGCGUGUUUCCCUCAGCGUGAAAUUUCUACAAAGCACAUGACUUUGUCAUGUAAAUAUGUAAAUAUGAUUGACUGCAAUUAGUGCUGUUAUAGAACGCAUAUCACUGAUGCUCUCUUAUAUAGCCACAGAUUUUUUUAUACUCUCUCACUGCGUGUGUUUCCAUACUGUGCAGCUGUUCAAAUUUCAUGUCAUGUGUCCGGAAUAAAAUGAU